CGCUAGCCACGCCACCGUGCGCCUUACAAAACUAAACCAAAGGAGGAGUGGGCAGCUGAAACCACAGUAUCUCUGUCCUGGCUGGAGAAGGAGUUAAGUUAGGACAGCUGUCCAGCGGGAGCCCUCAGUUUAGUGGCCAGCAUGCUCAGCAGACUCACGGCUUUCCUGCAGCAAGCAGUGGAUUCGAGUGAGCCAAAUAUUGAUUUGCUGAAGUCUUUCGUUGAGCACUGGAAGGGAAUCACGAAUUACUACAUUGAGACAACUGAUGAAGCGGCACCUGUUAAGGAAACGGACAUUCCUUGGCGUUUGAAACAGAUGCUGGACAUACUGGUUUAUGAGGAAAAGAAGCAUGGAUCUACAGAAACUGGACCCUGCAUGGAAUAUUUGCUGCAGCACAAAAUUUUAGAGACUCUUUGCACCCUUGGAAAAGCAGAGUAUCCACCAGGUAUGAAGCAGCAGGUGGUCCUCUUCUUUUCAAAGAUCUUGGGACAGAUCCAGCAACCAAUGCUUAAUUACCUCAAUGUGCACCGCCCUGUCAAGAAACUUAUUCAUCUCUGUGGGGAAGAUAUAGAGUCUACGUGUGAGAGAGAUGAGGCCCAAUUUCUUGGUACAGUCUGUGCAAAAAUUAACCAGGAUCCACGCUUACUUAGCCAUAUAAUGGAGAACAAAAAUGCCACUGCUCAAAGAAGAGAGUCUUCUGGCCCUGAUAAUGAAGCAGAAGGCCAACAACUUGAAAGUCAGAUGUCCACAUUACCUUCAGCUGCAGGUCAUAAAACUGCCAGUAGCUUUACUGGUGCAGAUUCAGGACACGGUCAUUCUGUUAGUGUUUCAACUACAGCACUUGAAUGCUCUACAUUGGCUCCAAAAAUGCAGAAGAACCUGAUUGAUGCCUUGAUAAAACUGUGCCGGAGCAAGAGAAAGAAAAUUGCACUGAAAGCCUGUGAAAGCCUGCUUCUGUUAGUUUGCAUCCAAAAGCUGGAAGUUGCCACCCUUUUGAUUGAAAACACAGCAUUGUGCCAAUUAGUAAUUAGCUACCUCUGCGACCUUUACUGCUGCAUACCUACUUCACUUGAUCCUGCAGUAAUCAACUUACUAGAGAAGAUUUCUUGGAGAGCACACUAUAAUCCAAGCCCCAGUGAAGGCAGCAGCCAGUCUGCAGUAAAAGAAGUAGUGGAGGCUUUCUUGGCUUGGUACGAUUACUGCAAUACACUGGUUGUGGAGGCACAUGCGGUGAUUGCAGGCCCUGUUGCAGCAGCCAUUCACAAAGUGCUGUUUAUUGGCAUUCUACAACCGCAGCUUUUGCAGGUUUCUGAACUUGGAAUCCUGAGUACUACAGUUUUGUUAACCACAUUGUUACAACAAACAACAUCUGAAGCUUUACUAGAAGAAUUGGUUUUCUUUCUGUUGGGGAAGCAAAGGGUGCCUGAAGUCCCCCUGGAUCUGAACAACCAUCUUUUGUGUUACCAGCUCAUUGAAAACUGUGACCACUUAUCUGAUGAGAUCAGCAUUGCCACCCUCCAUGUCUUUGAGCAGUUGCUACAGAAACCCCAUGAACACAUUGUUCACAGCCUGGUUCUGAGAAACCUUCAGGAUAGGAGUUAUGUAUCGAGAUGCCUUGUGGGACAGGAAGAUAAAACUCACACAGAUCAGGAGCACUUUGAUGAAGCAGAAGAGUUAGAGGAAGAUCCUUAUUUCACUGAUGGGUUUCCGGAUACUGGAUUUCGAUCUUCCACAGUGCCUUCAUUUCCAUCUUCUUCAGAAGAAAGUGAGAAAGCAGAUGGAAAAGAAAAAGUGACCAAAAUUGUCAAUAGUUUUCUGUGCCUGGUUCCUGAAGAAGCAAAAACAUCUCAUCAUUUUGAUGGUACUGGCUACGAUACUUAUGUGCACGAUGCCCAUGGGCAGUUCCAGCAGUGCUGUAGCCAUGCAUUAUCGUGGAACUGGCCUCUAAUGCCUAAGCCAUUGGAUACCACAGAAUCAGACGUGGAAUUUUAUGAAGGUCAUUUUCUGAAGAUAUUGUUCGAUAGAUUGGCAAGGCUGCUGGAUCAGCCGUAUGAGUUGAAUUUACAAGUGACAUCAGUGUUAUCAAAACUUGCACUUUUCCCUCACCCUCACCUCCAUGAGUACCUCUUGGACCCCUAUGUAAAUCUCGCUUCUGGAUGUAGGUCGCUGUUUUCUGUUCUUGUCAGGGUGAUAGCAGAGCUGAUGCAGCGGAUCCAGCGUAUUCCUGACAUUAGAGUAAAGUUAGUGAUGGUCAGAAAACAGCUAACAGGACACAGAGAAGAUGAACAGAUUGACCAUACGACUUUGCUGAAGGGGGUGAUAGUCCUGGAAGAGUUCUGUAAAGAACUAGCAGCUAUUGCCUUGGUUAAGUAUCCAUCACAGGAGCCCGAUGGAACAUAACUUGAAGCACAGCUUGCCCUUAAUUGCUAACUGGUAGUCCAUGCGGCUAAGAAGGUACUUAGAGGUACCUCAAUGGAAAAUUUACCACUUCAAGGCAGACAGACUCCGCAUAUCCGAAAGAGAUGCAUCCCAUAAUAAAGCAAUUGUUUUUUUGUUUUGUUUUUUUAAUUUUCUGAAACAUUUUACAAUGUUAUUUUCAUUUGUUUUGUUUUUAAUAACAGUGAGCACCAAAGCACCUUAACUCCAGUUCUGCAGAUUUUUUUUAAACAUCCCUUACCUGACAAAACUAAUGGAAUGCCUUUGUAAACUGUUUGCACAGGUAAUGCCAUUGAUGAAUGAACACUUGCAGUAUCUGUUGCUCCUGUAUGAGUAGAGGUAGACUCGGCAUAAACUGCCCUCUUUUUACCUAGCAAGCCCUAUGCAGCUGCUAAGUUUGAACUGUAGGCAGAAGAAAGCUCUUCAGAGCCUCAAUGUGGUGAGAAGGCUACACUGUUGGGUACAAGUCUUGUUCCCUUUGUUAACACUGCUGGGAAAGAAGUGAACUUUUAUGAGCAGCAUUUGUUGAAUUCUGUUGUACACUUCCUGUAAGUCUUCAGAUUGAAGGGAGGGGACAUGAAAGGUCAGGUGAUGCAGAAUAUUGUGGGAAGGGCAUUGGUAGUAGAAUGUGGUGUGCAUGCCUCCCAUGAUACAUGGACAUCGGUACUUGUAAAUCACUAAAGCAUUAAUGAAUUAAAGAAGCAGCUGCUAUAAUCAAGUACAUUCUUUGGUCAAAUAAAUCACAACAGUGCUCACUGUAGUCUUUAAGUUAUGUUUUGGGAGCCUUCCUGUGGCAACAUAUAUUGGAUUUGAGUUGCUCACCGAUGAUUUAUUGCAUUUUUCACUGGUGAGAAUAUAGGGCAAGUGUUGCACUGUCUGUGACCCAGAAUUUGAUUUUAUGAAUGGGAGCAAACUUAAAAUAUGAAUAUGCCAGACACAGUUGUCCUUCUGCACGGUGGGCAGAAGGGGAGUGCCACAGAAAGAUUAUUGCUUGCCAUCACUUCCAUAACAGUGGAAAAUAGAAUAAAGACAAAAACAGGAAAAAGCCUCUGUUACUGGUUGAGAAAUGGCAAGCAAACCGAAAGAGCUAGCCUGUGCCAUGCCUUCCUCCCGACAUUUUAGCUACAGUAAUCAUUGUCAAAAGAGGAUGCCCUACUUAUCAGAGCAAGGUUAAGGAAUCUCUUAGUGGAUGGGAAUGUGGAUAGGUGGUAAAGGAAAGACAGUUUGGGACUUGAAAAAUCCCCGCCAAGUUUAACUAUAAAUAAUGGGUUAGAAAAGUAUCUAACUUUAGGAAGAAAACAUAAGAUUUUAAUAUAUCUCCGUUAUUAAGGUUUGAUUCCAUAAUUUAAGCUAUGUGCAAUAUAUUGUCACCUAUCCCCUUCCAAAGUCCUUAAAAGUAUUUUGAGUAGAGCUAAAUGCUUUGCUUUUCCAUUUCAGAGUGAUUGUUUAUAUAUAUUUGUAUAUGUCUCUGUAUAUAUGUGUAUGCAUCAAUUUAUAUAUAUUUUUUAAAUCUUUUACCUAAAAGCAAUGUAUGAAUCUAUUCUAGUGUGUAAGUGUUUGAGAUGAGCUGCAGAUAGAAUAAAAAGUAGUGGUCUCAUGUACUGGUUAUUAGUCAGUGGCCCUGAAAUAAAUGAACUAUGGGAUUUCAAUGUUUUAA